AUGUCGAAAGAAAACUCGCAGAAGACCCAGCGGCCGCCACAGGCAGCGUCGAAUAAUGUUCCACCGGUCUCAUCCAAACCCAAGACCACAGUCCAGCCUCGCCAAUCAUUCGGGCAGUUGAAAGAGAACAUUGCAGCAAAUCUCAAGAAGUCCGCUUCCAAGAAGACACAAUCUCAGAAAGUCUCGGAGGCUUCCCAGGAUGCAAGAGGUAAAAAACGAAACUCUCAAGGGCAGGUUAAGCCGCAGAACAUGCUGGCGCAGCAGCAACAGCAAAGCUUUGAAGAGGACGAAUUUCAAGCAGAGGUUCGCGCCCUGGGCGGCGAUCGUGAUGACCUCGUCCUCCUAGCUGGCAUUGAGUCCGAGUCUGAAGUCGAAGGCACAAACAAUAUCGAUCAGAAGCCUAAAAAGAAGGGCAAGAGUGAUCUGGAAAAAGGCAUGCAGAACAUCCUGGACGAGAUCGCACUCGCACAAGGCUCUAGCAAAGCUGAAGCAAAGUCUCAGGACGUGGACGAGACUGAUGUCAUCUCUGAGGCGGAAAGUAGUGAAGAAGAGGAGGCAGUGACCGAGCCGUCGAACCCACAACCCCAUCCACAAAGGGCCAAGUUUGUCCUUCACUUUGAGCCUCGCCCAGACUGGUUCGCAGUGGUUGACUCAUUUGCCAACAUGGAAGUCAAGGCGGAGCCGAGUACAGAGACUGUUCAGCAAGUCUCGCAGUACGCCAAGGGGUUGCUUGAAGAAGAGAAUGAGCGCUUCAAGAAGCCUCAAAAAGCGUCAUCUUCCCAAUCCUUUUACAACACUGUGAUUCAGUCGGGCACUCUCUCAGACAAAAUCUCAGCGUUGACACUGGCAGCCCAAGAAUCGCCUGUUCACAACAUACAGGCACUGGAGACUCUCCUGGGGCUUGCGGGCAAGCGUAGCCGCUCCCAAGCUGUGGAUGUGUUAAGAGCCUUGAAGGAUCUCUUUGCUCAGGGUUCACUCCUCCCUGCCGACCGCCGCCUUUACACGCUUGCGACUCAGCCAGGGGUUCGCGCCAAAUUUGGGAAGAAAGCCUGGGCCAAGGGUGAUAAGCUUCCGAAGGGAGUUGAAGAGGUUCAUCUAAUAGCCUGGGCCUUUGAAGACUGGCUGAAAGGAAAAUAUUUCGAUGUCAUCAAGAUCCUUGAAGUAUGGUGUAAUGACGAAAUCGAAUUCGCGAAGUCCCGAGCUAUCAGCUACGUCUACGAGCUACUGAAAGAAAAGCCGGAGCAGGAAGCAAAUCUGCUACGCUUGUUGAUCAACAAGCUCGGCGAUCCGGUCAAGAAGAUUGCCUCUCAAGCCUCAUAUCUCUUGAUGCAGCUUUUGACGAUCCACCCUGCUAUGAAGGGCGUUGUCAUUUCUGCAAUUGAGACAGAAAUUUUCAGGCCAGGUCAAGCUUUGCACCAAAAGUAUUACGCUACAGUCACCAUCAACCAGACUGCGCUGAGUGGUCGGGAAGAGGAAUUGGCAGGCAAGCUUUUGGGCAUUUACUUCGGACUGUUCUCACAACUGAUCAAAACCUCUGACCAAGGGCUCGAGGAUGACGACGGACCGAAAUCCACGAGCCGUGAACACCGCCGGAGGCAAGCAAGAAAGAGCAAGAAAGCGACAGCGGGUCCAGCCCAAGCCGAUGACUUGCGGGAAAAGCUGACUUCAGCCUUGUUGACGGGCGUAAAUCGAGCGUAUCCAUAUGCUGGAUCGGAAAGCAAGACUUUUGCCGAGCAUUUGGAUACGCUCUUCAAGAUUGUGCAUUCGGCCAAUUUCAAUACUAGCAUCCAAGCAAUGCUCCUCAUUCAGCAGCUCUCAGGUUCUCAUCAAGCAUCAAACGACCGGUUUUACAGAGUGUUGUACGAAUCACUGCUUGACCAGCGGCUGAUCACUGCCUCCAAGCAACAAUUGUAUCUCAACCUGCUUCACCGGUCUUUGAAGGCAGACAUCAACAACAGACGAGUGAAGGCCUUCGUGAAGAGGAUUCUGCAGGUUCUAUCCUUGCACGAAGCGCCAUUCAUAUGUGGCGCUUUCUACCUGCUUAAAGACCUUGACACUACGUUCCCCGGGCUGACAGCUCUGACAGACAAUGCCGAAGAGCUCGACGAGGAAGAGGAAGUAUUCAAAGACGUCGAUGAGGACAGAGCUCAGCCUGUUGCGCAGAUUGGACACGCUGAUAAAAAGGAGCAACUGUAUGAUGGACACAAACGUGCGCCGGAGCAUGCAAAUGCUGACAAGAGCUGCACAUGGGAGCUCCUGCCGUUUCUCGCGCAUUACCAUCCAUCAGUCACACUCAGUGCCGAUCAUUAUCUGCAGCACCAAAAGUUGCCCGGCAAGCCCGAUUUGGCGUUGCAUACGCUCAUGCAUUUCCUGGACCGAUUCGUGUACAAGAAUGCGAAAUUGUCUGAAAGCCGGCCCCGUGGUGCUUCGAUCAUGCAGCCAAUGUACAGCGACAACAACCACAACGUACUUAUUGCACCGACUGUUGGCGGCGCACAGAGGAUGUCAGUCACGAGCGAGGAAUUCAAGUCGAAGCAAGAUAAGGAUGUGGCAGCGGACGACGUCUUCUUCCACAAAUACUUUGCCAACCUCAGCAAAGAGAAUAAGUCAAAGGGCAAGAAGCCAAAGGCAGAUUACGACGUGGAACCUGUAUCAGAUGAUGAAGACGCCAUUUGGGAUGCAAUGAUGAAGAGCGCACCCGAGCUCGAAGGAGCAGAGGAGAGCGACGACGAUCUCAGUAUGUCCGACUUGGAGUCGGCCAUGGCUUCCGACGACGACGAUGAGGACCACAGCCGCGCAGACCAGGGCGAGGGAGUGGAUGAGAGCGAUGACGGAGGUGUGGAUGUUGAGUCUGGAAUUUUCGAUGAUAGCGACGAGCAGAUGGCGGAAGAGCCGAGCGACGAAGACAUGCCCGACUUUGGUGAGAUCGACCCAGACGACGAAGUCAGCGACGGCGACGAGGUAGUAGCCACGUCGGCCACGCCUGCGGCUCAAGACAAGUCAAAGAAGCGCGGCAAGAAGCUGAAGGCACUUCCCAUGUUCGCCUCGGCUGACGACUAUGCCAAACUGCUGGACGAUGAGGAGGAUGAGGAUCUGGGCUAG